AAUGUGCAGCUGUCCCUUGUCAAUACAGACACUGUUGGUUCAAAAGGCAAGAUGUGGACUAUAAUAAUUACAAUUCUGAAUUUGAAGUCUUUUUAAUUGCUUACCAACGGAAAACAAACGUAGCACGUAGGCUAUGUGUUUUACUUGCAACCAUGCAUAUACUGUAAAGUUUUCUAUGUACAUUUAAGCCUUUAAACUGUAUUAGUUGCCUUUUAAACCGUCUUAAAAGUGCUUAAUACGGUUAGCAUCCACACUACGCAGUGUUUUAAUACUGUACUCGAGACCACCUCGGGGUAGUCUCGAGUCUGGUUCUCGUAAAUUUUAAUUGCAUCUGGUAGUGCAGUUUGUCGGAAGUGUGGACCCUGUAAUACCGAACUACAUUUUUUGUGUAUCGUCCAAUAUCCGAAAAUGCUUUGAUAUGUUUUGGUGUGUGGACAUUACAAAUACAGUACUCGGAACAGGCGCAUGAAGUAGUUGAGAAAGACUAUCAAUACUACUGUACCAUAUACCAUUUCUGAGGCUUGUUGUAAAAUCAUGGGUCAUGGAGUUACAUGAUCAAAUGCCGAAAUCAAGGCCCGUUGAGUUAAAAAUUAAAUGCACACAUUCUAAUAAAAAGGAUCUUGUGUUUAAGAAAAAAAGCCUUUAACAUUCAUGCUAAGAAGCGCUAUGUCUUCCGUCGGCAUGGGCCCCAUAUUUGCUUGGUUGUAAACAUAAAAUACAGUGCAUGGUGGGAUAAUGUCAUAUUAAGUCCCACAGUCCAUUGCACUGCUAGGAACUGUAACCAGACUAUUUUAAUAGUGUGUGUACGCAUUAAGCCUGACUAAACAUGAAACGGUACUUUGUGUGGGCGCUUUAAGCUGUAUUAAAAUGUUUUUGAGUGUGAUUCUUGUGUGGUGGACAGGUCCUUAACCCUUUGCGGUCCUAUGUCGGACCUGGUCCGACAUUGCAAUUUUCCCUUUCCGGUCCAAUGUCGGCCCUGUCCGACAUCAUCAAAAAGACAUAAAAAACAGGUCUCUAGUCGUUUUUUCUCCAGAAAAAGCUGAGAAAACCAUUCAAUGGCCGAGUUCGACCGAUAGGAGCCGAGAGAAGCCGGAAAAAAAGGGGCAUAUCUGAGAAAUACACUUAGCCCCGGUACCACAUAGAUAACACGGACAUAAACAAGCAAGACAGCAGCUUCUGCAUCCAGCACAAAGAAUAUCACAGAUAUUUGCAGAGUUUUUUUAGAUGUUAUAGUAACAAAAUAAUGACUUGGAUCGCAUUAUUGAGGAGUUUGGUGAUAAAACGAGUGAUCAGGAGAUGAUUUAUCGGUAUGCACUACUAUGAAGAGAUAUGUGAAAAAUACAGCGAACAAGGGGUGGGGUGGGGCUGGAGAUGCAGUACUGAGUGUCCUGUUGAUAUGCAGUGCCUUAUAAACCUGUUUAAAAAAAACUUUUAAACAGCGCGUCUAAAAUAAACUGCACGUGUGAAAAUAAAUUGGACCUGACGCACCUGAGACGUGCUGAAUAAAUGGACCGCAAAGGGUUAAAUGUUGUUUAUUUCUGGUGUGUGUGCAGUAUAUAUAAGGUACUGUAUAGUAUAGUAUAGUAAUGUGUCAAUGCGACACCAUGAUCUAUUUUGUGUUGUGUACUAUGCUACGGUAGAAAAGAAAAUGCACCAAUACCAUUUAGUUUUAAGUCAUUUUCACAUUGUACAGUAAUGUUACCAGUAACCUAUAGGCUGAAGUUCAAAGAAAGUGCAAUAGCUAUUCAUUUUAUUUUACUACUGCACUGUAUACUUUAUUGGCCUCCUGUACAGAUUUAUAUUGUGGAGUAGUGGUUAGGACUCUGGACUCUUGACCGGUGGGUCGUGGGUUCAAUCCCAGGUGGGGGACACUGCUGCUGUACCCUUGAGCAAGGUACUUUACCUAGAUUGCUCCAGUAAAAACCCAACUGUAUAAAUGGGUAAUUGUAUGUAAAAAUAAUGUGAUAUCUUGUAACAAUUGUAAAUCGCCCUGGAUAAGGGCAUCUGCUAAGAAAUAAAUAAUAAUAAUAUUUUUACAUAAUGUAACGUGCUUUAAACCAGACACCUUGUUAUUUCCUACAUCCGUUUUAGCGAGGGACUACUGUAGAUGCGGAGCUGUGGAUAAGGAAAUAUGUUAAUUUAUUAGAAAUGGGGUAUACGAGUCUGUUUUUAAAAUAUAGAAAAAAGCCAAAUCCCUGAAUGUUUGAAUUUAAAACUUGCAAAGAUCAGUUUUUUGGCAUGUUUGGUAGAUUGAAGUAAGUACAGGUUUACUUUGAAUGUGGCAGGGGUGGAAAUAUCCAAGAUGGAUGUUGGAUCAAAUCCGACUCUCACCUAGUCUGAUUUACAGUGAAUCAGAAAGAUGUUCUUGGAAGAUUGUGCCAAUAAGGGGGGACAUAAAGGAAAUGAAAACAGUACUAUAUCUAAGUUGAGACUUUUUUUUUUAAAGAUUUUUUUAGAUGUUUCAGUGAGUAACUCCAUUGCACCCAAAACAAAUUCAUUACACUUAACGAGUGAAUGAGUAUCUUGUGCGCUCCUCAAAACCAAACACUGAAAGGAAGAAACCAAAAACGAACAGUGGUAGACACAACUGAAGAUCUACGUCAAAUAUUAAACCCCUCUGAGCAGUAUUAAUGGUAUAGUUAACAGUAACCUAAGUGUCAAACUUCCAACAUUUUUUAUUUUUUACUUCAGCCCAUUUGAAGGUUAAAAUCUCAUUGAACUUGGUAGAAUUGAUUACUUACACCGUGUAACAAAUUUUGUUUGUUUUUUUUGUUCCUGGGUAGUAAGUGUUAUUUCCUAAUUGCUUAUGCCUCAAAAGUAUAGAAAAUGGCUAUAUUCCCCACAAACUUUACUUUUGUGACCAGGACAGUGAUAUUUUGAAAUUUACCUAUUUUCCAGAACAUUCCAGAUAGAUUCAGUGCUGAGUAAACUUGGAGUAACUUCUAGAACUUUCUAGAACUUAAGCCCACCAGUUCAGUUUAGUUCCAGCUGCCUAAGUGGAUACAUAUCUGCAUUUUUCUGAGAUGGCAUCAAGAGGCUGCAAGCAUCCGGCAGACGCAUUUUGCUAUGUCUGCGGCCAAUUUAUCAAGACAAGAGCGAAAAAGUACUCCGUGGAAGCAUCUGCUAAGAUGUGUGAGGCCUACAAGGCAUAUUUCGGCAUGCCUGUCGGGGAUAAAGACAAACCCUGGGCACCUCAUUUCACCUGCGAGCACUGCAAAAAAACUCUGGAAGGAUGGUACAGAGGGGAAAAGAGAGCCAUGAAGUUCGCUAUCCCAAGAAUUUGGCGGGAACCCACUGACCACUCAAGCAACUGCUACUUCUGCAUGGUGGACCCUUCCAAACGUGGGACUGGCAAGAAUGCACCUGCUAUCACGUGUCCGGACCUUCCUUCAUCCAUCGCCCUGGUGCUACACUGCCAUGAGCUCCCCGUACCCACUCCUCCGGAGAGAGAGCAGUCGUCUUUAGAAGAGAGCAGCAAGUCAGAGAGCGAGGAAGACGUUGUAGAUCCAGAUGACAAUUUCAGAGGUGGAGCUGAGAAGAGAAACCCAUACUACCCCAACCAAAAAGACCUCAACGACUUGAUUAGAGAUCUUGGUCUCACCGUCCAAUGCCGAGCUUUUGACGUCUAGGCUCAAGCAGUGGAACUUGUUGGAUGAAAGUGUGCAAGUCGCAGAUCAGAGGAAGCGUCACCAACCUUUUUCCAGCUUCCUCACCUGUCAAGAUGGGCUCUGCUUCUGCCACAAUGUGACCAGUCUGUUCGAGGCAAUCGGAAUCGCCUGUAACCAGAAUGAGUGGCGCCUCUUCAUUGUCAGCUCAUCCAGGAGCCUCAAAGCCGUGCUGCUCCAUAAUGGUAACAAGUACCCGUCUCUUCCCCUGGCUCACUCGGUGCACCUCAAAGAGGAUUACAACAGCAUCAAGACCUUGCUGGACGCCUUGAAGUAUGAUGAGUACGGCUGGGAGGUCAUAGGAGACUUCAAAAUGGUGGCAUUCCUGAUGGGUCUCCAAGGCGGUUUUACCAAGUUUCCCUGCUAUCUUUGCCUUUGGGACAGCAGGGACACCAAGGCGCACUACCACAGGCGGGACUGGCCACAGCGGACUGAGACUGGUGAAGAACUACGGCACAAUGGGCUGUAGGAUGUCCCUCAAAGUCCAUAUCCUUGAUGCUCAUCUUGAUAAAUUCAAGGAGAACAUGGGAGCGUACUCGGAGGAGCAAGGCGAGCGCUUCCACCAGGAUAUACUGGACUUUGAACGCCGCUACCAAGGGCAGUAUAACGAGAACAUGAUGGGAGACUACAUUUGGGGGCUGAUUCGUGAAAGUGAUUUACAGUAUAAUCGUAAAUCUUGAAAAACUACUCACUUCUAAAUCUUUUGUAUUCAUUUUUGUAUUACUUUAGUAUAAAUACAUGUUAAUUUGGAUUCAUAUGUUGUUUUUUUCUGACUUUAUGUGAACGAAAAGACACAAAUUCGCCAGUUUUCUCAUUGGAAAUAGGUAAAUUUCAAAAUAUCACUGUCCUGGUCACAAAAGCAAAGUUUGUGGGGAAUAAUAGCCAUUUUCUAUACUUUUGAGGCAUAAGCAAUUGGGAAAUAACACUUACUACCCAGGAACAAAAAUUGUGUUACAUAGUGUUAUUUAUUUAAGCUAAAAUGCAAGUUAUUAAAUGUUUUCCUUUUUUAU